AUGACUUCUACUGCGAGUCAAUCCAACCAAACGCCGGCUACUUCCAACACCGCUCCCGUAGCUGCCCCGUCGUAUGCUUCCGCAGCCGGUGCGAACAAGAAGCCGACCUCAACCCCGUUGAUUGCGACGGGUUCUCACCCGCCCGUGGUGGCUGGCUCGACUGUCCCUCCUAAUGGAAAGUCCGCAAAUGUCCAGCCGGUGAACGGCAGACAGAACAUUACCCCCGCCAUGCCUGUCGCUCGCGGAACCACCAUUGCCAACGGCAGUGUUGCUGAUCACACCCGGAAGCCCUCUGUCACCAUCAGUGCUAACGCCCCGGCCGGCCAUCUUGCCAACGGUGGUCCCGUCGGUGGCCCGAUCCCCAAGUUCGGCUUUGAGUCGCCAGCCAUUGCUCACAGCACUCCCCAGCCAGCUGGAGCGACACCUAUCCCGAUUCCGGGUGGUGCCAACCCAAGAGUGGCGUCUCCUGCUCACUCCCCAUCGCCCAUUCCCCAGAGCCACCAGAGUGGUGGUGGGCUUGCCCAACGCGCUGGUGCCCCAGCUCAGGGUCCUGUCUUUGGCAGCUUCCCCGGCGACGCUGAUGUGAGUACAUAUCUGAACAUGUCUGAUUAUUCCCGCAGUCCCUUGCUUACCGGUCCCUCUCAGCGUCACAUGAAGCAGCACGGUGCCGCUAUGGCUCAGAGCCCGCAUGUUCGACGAGACUCCCAGGCUUCGGCCCAUGGUGAGCACGGCGGCCCUGGUCACGGUCGUGGCAACUUCCAAGGUGGUCGCGGUGGACGUGGCAGCUUCAGCCACGGCCAUAACUUCAACAACCCCAACAUGGGGUUUCCCCCAAACAACCGGAACUUCUCUGGUCCCAACGCUGGACAUGCCGGUCGUGGAAUGCCUGCGUACCGGGGCGGCUACCCUGCCUCUCCCCAACCUCAUCGUGCUAGCCCUGCUGGCACUCCCACCAUGGCCCACGGAACUCCAGUAAUGCAGCCGAACACUAUGCAACCUGUUCCGCCCAACUAUUACCCGCCCGCCAUGAACAUGUAUCAACAACCAGUAAAGUCCCCCUUCAUUCCCACAAACCCCCCCUCUUCUUCUACUUCUUCUUCCUCAUUCAAGCCGCACAAAAACAAGAAGCAAGCUCGCCGAGAGGCGGACAAGGCUUCCCAGCAGAUGCGUGGUCCCAAUGGCGCUCCCCAGAAACAGAAAGCCCUCGAGCUCUCCCAGAAGUCUCGACGUCAGAGCAAGGUGUGGGAACAAGGAGUCGGUUUCCAUCAGGAGUUCAACGGCGGCCUCCCACCGCCCGAGUAUUCGGAUGGCCCGCUUGCCCCAUACAGCUUUGAUCCCAGGCGCGGGGCGCCCAUGCUGGGUCCUCCGUUCAUGGGGCCCAUCGACUUAUCACCAGAAAGCCGUAAUUUUGAAAGGCUGCUAACCGAAACCAAACUACAGAUGAGCGCGCCGUACAUGGAUCCCUAUCGGGCUCCUCCUUUCCAGCCAUACAUGGGCCAGGGUAGCCCAUACCUCCCUCCGGCCGGUGGCUUCAACCCAGGACAGCCAAACUUUGUGCCACAAGCGCCCUACCAGCCCCCUUCGGGUGCCCCUCCUAUGUCCCGUAAUGCUUCACAGAUUUCAGAUCGUCCAGCCUCGAGCACUGGCCCUGCCCCAGCUCCUCCCUCGACCCAAGGCACCCCCCAGCCACGAGCCGCCGUUGCGCCUGCGAUUGUCAGCUCGACAUUUGCUCGUCCCAAGAAGGGUGGCAUUGUAAUCAAGGACCCCAACGGUAAUGUUCUCGACAUCAACUCUAUAAAGGCUCCUCCCUCUCCCGCCCCACCGGUUACGCAGCAGUCUAAGACGCCUCCCGUAAUCGCUUCCACCCCAACUCCGCCCCCCAAGUCGGCGACUCCAUCCCACGUGCGCAAUGAAAGCGCCUCUAGCAAGACAAUCGAGCAGGUUAGAAAUGAGUUCAAGAACAAGGUAAUGGGUUCCACCAUCACGCCUGCCGAGUCCAAGGCAAAGGACGACGAAGCUGCUGCCAAGGCUGCUGCGGACAAGGCCGCCGCUGAACAAGCUGCUGCUGAGGCCGAGGCUAAAGCUGCCGCCGAGAAGAAGGCUGCUGAGGAGCAAAAGGCUGCUGAGGAGCAAAAGGCUGCUGAGGAGCAAAAGGCUGCUGAGGAGAAGAAGGCGGAAGCCGAAAAGGCUGCUGCCGAAAAGGCCGCCGAGGAGGAGCGCCUCGCCGCUGAGAAGAAGGCUGCCGAAGAGGCUGAGGAAAAGAAGAAGGCGGAAGCCGAAGCCAAGGCUCAGGCUGAAGCCGAGGCAGGGGCUGCCAAGAAGCCAGCAACGGAGGAGGAGAAGAAGGAGACUGAGGAGGAAUACAUGGAGCGCAUGAUUCGGGAGAUGGAGGAAGAGGAUGCGAAGCGUGAAGCCGAACAGGCCGCGAUCACCGCCAAGAAGGAAGCCGAAAAGGCAGCCCAGAAGGCCCUUGAAGAAGCCAAAAAGGCGGCUGAGAAUAGCCCAGAAGCUCUCAGAGCCAAGGAACGCGAGAUGGAGAUCCUAGAGGAGCGGAGGGAGCAGGAGCGGGCCAAGGGCGGCUCCUCCAGUGUGGCCGAAUUGCUCAGCAAGGACUUGAAGGAGCUUGCCAUCAGCGAAAAGCCAGCUGCCGCGGCUCCCCCAGCCAUCAAGACUGGCGCAGACAAACCCAAGGGCAAGCCUGCCGCUCUGAACCUGGCGCCCCUCAAGACUGCCCAGGUCGAGGCCCCUCAGCCAAGUGCCGCGCUGCAGUCCCUUCGUUCCGCCCGCUUCCUCCCAGGCGUGAAGUUGGACAUUUAUCCCGAGGGUGUCCGCUCACCCAAUCCUGCUCUCAACGCUGCGGUGUCAAAGAAGGGCAAGGUCUUCAAAUACGACGCUGCUUUUUUGCUGCAAUUCAAGCAGGUGUUCACUGAGCAGCCUUCUAUGGAGUUCCACCAACAGGUCAAGACUUUGAUUGGCGACUCGGAUCGUUCGGCCUCGGCCCGCACCCCGGGUGGCGGCUCCGGCCGUCAAGGUUCCCGCGCUGGUGCGUCGUCCGCUUUCCCUUCAGGCGGAGCCAUGGGCCAGUUUGGCGCCAAACCACUUCCUCCUGGUACGACCUCGGAGCAACGGUUUGCCAUGUCACAAGGCAGUCUGGGAGGAAGACCCCCCAUGGGCACUAUGGGCGGCUUUGGCCGUGGUGGUUUCCCUACGAGCAUGAGCCGGAACCCUUCAGCUGCUGGAGGCUUGCCCUCUCCCCGCACCGGUAGCAGACGCGGAGGCAGCAAGAGAGAAGGGAACUUUAACAACGCAAAGGCCGAGGCCCAAGCUGCGAAGACUAUGCCCCUUACUGCAGGCAUGGAGCUCAAGCCCAUUCAAGUCUCGGCGAUGGGUUGGAAACCGACCAGCAUCAACAAGCCUCAAGACCCGACCGCCGUGGCUCAAAAUGGCCACAUGGAUCCCGAAAUGGUGCAGCGCAAGGUCAAGGCUGCCCUGAACAAGAUGACUCCUGAGAAAUUCGACAAGAUUGCCGAUCAAAUCCUCACCAUCGCCGCGCAAUCCAAGAACGAGCAGGACGGUCGGACACUUCGCCAAGUCAUUCAGCUCACCUUCGAGAAGGCGACAGACGAAGCCCACUGGGCCUCCAUGUAUGCCAAGUUCUGCAAGCGCAUGCUCGAGUCGAUGAGCCCCGAGAUCCGCGAUGAGACUGUCACGGACAAGCAGGGCAACGUUAUCAGCGGUGGUCCCCUUUUCCGCAAAUAUCUCCUCAACCGCUGCCAGACUGAGUUCGAGCGAGGAUGGAAGUCUAACCUGCCUCCUCCUCCUGAGGUCAAGGAGGGCGAUGAGAAGAAGACUGCCGAGGCGGCCAUGCUCUCAGACGAAUACUACAUUGCUGCGGCUGCCAAGCGUCGCGGUCUUGGUCUCGUCCAGUUCAUUGGUGAGCUCUUCAAGCUGGGUAUGCUGACAGAGCGCAUCAUGCACGAGUGUGUUCGCAAGUUGCUCGAGUACCAGGAUCUCCCUGAUGAAGCCGAGAUUGAAUCUCUCACCAAGCUGCUCAGAACGAUUGGUGGCACUCUGGAUAGCACUGAGAAGGGCCGACCUAUGAUGGAUGCCUAUUUCCAGCGCAUCGAUUCCAUGAUGAAUCUGCCGACUCUUCCCAGUCGUCUCAAGUUCAUGCUCAUGGACAUUGUGGACUUGCGCCGCAGUGGCUGGCACUCCAAGGAGCAGAACAAGGGCCCCAAGACCCUUGAGGAAGUCCGCGCCGAGGCCGAAGCUGCUGCUGCGCAAAAGGCAGCGGAAAAUGCCCGCACCAACCAGCGCGGUGCCCCUGGUGGUCGCCCCAUGGGUGGUCGUCAAGAUUCGAGAAACUUCUCGUACGCUAAUGCGGCUCCCAACACGGUGGCUAGCGACGAUCUCCGUCGUCUGAAGGGCUCAUCCAACCGCAGCUCCAGCCAGAACAUGGCUUCAUUCGGCCCGACCUCGAUGUUCAACUCUAGAAGCAAUAGCGGUAGACGCAUGGGAGGACCCGGUGGUGCUUUUGGGCGUACCGGAGAGGAUUCCGGUGUCUCCUCACGCACCGGGACACCCCCAGUUUCGCAGCGCGACUCGGUUGGCCACGCCAAUGCAUUUGCACUUCUUGCUGAGGCUGAUCACCCCGGUUCGCCUCCAUCAGCGCACGCGUCGCCCGCUCUCCCCAAGGCGUCGCUCGACUCGACUGUCACCUCGGACAAGAAGGAGUAA